AUGCCACCUAAACAACAGGCUAGUAAGAAGACUGAGCAGAAGAGGAAAGAGAAGAUUAUUGAAGACAAAACCUUCGGUUUAAAAAAUAAGAAGGGAAAUAAGAACCAAAAGUUCGUGCAGCAAGUUCAAAACCAAAUCAGAGGUAAUAACACACGGCAAGAUAAGAUUGCUGCUGAAGCCGCUCUCAAAAAGAAAGAGAAAGAGCUCGAUCCUCUCAAAGAUUUGAAUCAGUUAUUUAAACCUGUUGAACAGAAAUGUGGAAAAGACGUUGAUCCUAAAUCCAUUCUCUGUCUCUUCUUCAAACAGGGAAUGUGCCAAAAGGGUAGCAAAUGCAAGUUCAGUCAUGACCUUACUGUUGAACAGAAAACGGUCAAGAAGAAUCUCUAUGUUGAUAGCAGAGAUAUCGGCAAAGAAGAUGAUAACAUGGAAGACUGGGAUGAAGAUAAGUUAAAGAGUGUCGUCGACCAAAAGCAAACUGCUGAAAACAAGGCUUUGAACACCACAACUAUCGUUUGCAAAUAUUUCUUGAUAGCCGUAGAAAACGCCAAGUAUGGAUGGUUCUGGGAAUGUCCGAACGGUGGAGAGAAGUGCAUGUACCGCCAUUGUCUACCUGAAGGAUAUAUCCUUAAGAAAGAUAGGAAGAAGAUGGAAGACCAAAAGAAAGAGAGUGAAAUUAGUUUGGAAGAGCUUAUUGAGAAAGAAAGAGCCGCUUUGUCUUCUAAGAACUUGACGAAGAUCACUUUGCAAUCUUUCGUUGCAUGGAAGAAGAAGAAGUUAAGAGAAAAGAAGGAGAAAGAAGAGGCUGAUCUUAAAGCUAAGAAAGAAAAGAUCAAAGCCGGAAAAGCUCUUGGAAUGUCUGGUAGGGAUAUCUUCACAUUCAAUGCUGAUCUUAUCGCUGAUGAUGAUGAAGCUGAUGAUGUCUGCUACGAGAAGGAUGAAGAUGACUUAGAGAACCAACAGAAGGUGUUCGAAAUCGACGAUAACUUCUUCAAGUUCGAAGGAAUGGAUUAUGAUGAUCUCGAAGAAGGAAAAACAAUCACCGAUGGAGUUCAAGAAAUGGCUAUAAAUGAAGAUUUGUUCGAUAUCGAAGAUGUGGAAGGCCUAGAUUCCGAUGAAGAUGAUGAUGAGCCCUCCGCCAAAACAAGCUAA